AUAUAUAGGAGUGAGAGGCAGCGAAGAAAAACAGAUCUGUUCUGUCCUCUUCCUCGUACAACCACUUACUUUACAAUUCUUGAUACUGACCCUGCUCAGCUGUAGUCAUGACGACCAUGCUGCUGAGAGCGCUAGGAGCACUGCUCUGCUCCUUGGUUGUCACCGCUGAGGUUCUUCCCCAAGGAGACUUCAAUCUACAGGGGGUUGCAGGAAAGUGGUACCUGAUUGGAUUUGCUACUAAUGCCCAGUGGUUUGUCAGCCACAGGGCCGGCAUGAAGAUGGGCACCGCCAUGCUGACACCAACUGUUGAAGGAGACCUGGACAUGGCAUAUGCUAGCCUGAACACUGAUGGCUCCUGCUGGAGAAUGAACCACCUGGCUGAGAAGACAAACCUUCCUGGGAAAUUCAUCUUCAAGAGCCAGCGCUGGAAUAAUGAAAAUGACAUGCGUGUCGUUGAUGUUAAGUAUGAUGAGUACGCCCUCAUUCACACCAUCAAGACCAAGGGAGGUGUUUCAACUGUGCUCAACAAACUGUAUGCCCGCGGGACAGACCUGAGCCCUGACCUGCUGCAGAAGUUUAAGCAGUUCUCCCUGGACACUGGCAUUCUGCCUGAGAACAUUGCUAUCCUCCCCAAAAACGAUGAGUGUCCCGCUGCGUAAUUUCAUCGAUGCUCAUCACUUCCAAAGUGUCCUCCCUUGAUCCUUCUGCAUGGCUUUGCUACUUGAUGGGUAGGCAGACACAUGGCAACUGUGACAACCAAGAACCACCUUAAGCUGCAGUGACCCAUCUGGUUCCGCCUUAACCUGCAGCUACGCUACAUUACCCACUGAAGCCUAGUUUUCCACUUCCCCGAUUUGUUCCAAUAAAAUACUGUCUGGUGCUUUAUCAGUUUGUCAGGCAUCCCACUCUUAUAUAUGACGGUAUUUAAUACUUCUGAUCCUAAGUAAUACAAGCUGCUUUAGAAGUCUGAUCACAUGUAUGCCCUAUUGUAAAACCCAGCUGUAAAAGAAAAUGUUACCCUACUCCUUGCAGUUAUUAGUUGACAAUUACACACAGGGCCUUCAGAAAGUAUUCACAACCGUUUACUCUUUCCACAUUGUGUUGUGUUACAGCCUGAAUUUAAAAUGGAUUCCAUUGAGAUUUUGUGUCAAUGGCCUGUGGUGGAUAAAGUUACCCAAUUGUCAUACAGAUCAGAGGCAAUAGGGAUGACCAGGGAUGUUCUCUUGAUAAGUGUGUGAAUUGGACCAUUUUCUUGUCCUGCUAAGAAUUCAAAAUGUUACUAGUACUUUUGGCUGUCUGGGAAAAUGUAUGGAGUAAAAGGUACAUUAUUUUCUUUUGGAAUGUAGUGAAGUAAAAGUAGUCAAGAACAUAAAUAGUAAAGUACAGAACCAUAAAAACUACUUAAAGUAUUUUUACAACACUGACUGUCCUACACACAAUACCUCAUAAUGUCAAAGUGGAAAUAUGUUUUUAGAAAUGUCGAGUCAAUAAGUAUUCAAGCCCUUUGUUAUGGCAAGCCUAAGUAAGUUCAGGAGUAGAAAUGUGCUUAACAAGUCACAUAAGUUGCAUGGACUCACUCUUUGUGCAGUAAUAGUGUUUAACAUGAUUUUUGAAUGACUACCUCAUCUCUGUACCCCACACAUUAUCAUCUGUAAGGUCCCUCAGUCGAGCAGUGAAUUUAAAACACAGAUUAAACCAAAAAGACAGAAGUUUCCAAUGCCUUGCAAAGAAGCGCACCUCAUUAGUAAAUGGCAAAACAAUUAAAAAAGCAGACAUUGAAUAUUAUUUUGAGCAUAGUGAAAUGAUUAAUAGCACUUUGGGUGGUGUAUCAAUAUACCCAGUCACUACAAACAUACAGGCGUCCUUCCUAAUUCAGUUGCUGGAGAGGAAGGAAACUGCUCAGGUAUUUCACCAUGAGGCCCAUGGUGACUUUAAAACAGUAAAAUGGCUGUGAUAGAAAAUUAAGAAUGGAUCAACAACAUUGUAGUUAUGACAGAGUGAAAAGACGGAAGCCUCUAAGGAAUAAAAAUAUUCCAAAACAUGCAUCCUGUUUGCAAUAAGUCGCUAAAGUAAAACUGAAAAUGUGGCAAAGAAAUUAUCUUUGUCCUGAAUACAAAAUAUUAGGUAUGGGGCAAAUCCAACACAUCACUGAGUACCACUCGUCAUAUUUUCCAAGCAUGGUGGUGGCUGCAUCAUGUUAUGGUUAUGCUUGUCAUUGGCAAGGACUAGGGAGUUGUUUAGGAUAAAAAAAUAAAAGGAAUAGAGCUAAGCACAGACAAAAUCCUAGUGGAUAACCUGGUUGUCUGCUUUCCAACAGACACUGGGAGACAUUCACCUUUCAGCAGGUCAAUAACCUAAUACACAAGGCCAGAUAUACACUAGAGAUGCUUAUCACGACGACAUUCAAUGUUCCGGAGGGGCCUAGUUACAGUUUUGACUUAAAAUCGUCUUGAAAAUCUAUGGCAACACUUGAUAAUGGCUGUCUAGCAAUGAUCAACAAUCAACUUGACAGAGCUCAAAUAAAAAAAUAUAUAAUAAUGUGCAAAUAUUGUACAAUCCAGGUUUGCAAAGCUCUUGGAAACUUACCCAAAGACUCAGAUGAAAUCGCUUCUAAAGGUGAUUCUAACAUGUACUGACUCAGGGGUGUGAAUACUUACAUCAAUUGGAUAUUUCAGUAUUUAAUUUCCAAUACAUUUUCAAAAAUGUCUAAAAACAUGUUUUCACUUUUAUAAAAAAAUUAAAAAAUCCAUGUUUUAUUCAGGCUGUAACAAGAAUAUGGAAUAAGUCAAGGGGUAUGAAUACUUCCUGGAGGCACUGUAUUGGUCAAUUAUUAAAAAGACAAACAAGCAGGUAAAA